CGUCAGUAUGCAUAAGGCUUUUAGAGGGUUGUCUCUAAGAUGUGCAGGUGUGUUUAGGGAACGUCGUUGAUUCAAAGCUUCAGCACCCAGUUCUCACAGAUGCUGCUGAACAAUUCGAAUGUUUACAACGGAUAGAGAGUAUGCGCACAUACAAACCAGGAUUGGAAGUUUGAGACAAAGGACGACUACAAACAGAGAAACACCAUCCUGACGACCAUAUGUGUGUCAAGAAAAUACCAGUAGCUGUGAGUAGAUAUGCGGAAACUCGAUAAAUAAUCGUACGUCAAAUAUCAUCUGUAUAGGCUGUUUGAGAACACCUUUCAACAAGUUGGGCGGCUUGAAAUUGAGAAGAUUGUUGACAAUGAUGAAGAGACAAUUCAAAGGUCUUUUGGUUGUAUGUUUUAUGAACCUUCUGGUUUUUGCUGUAUACCACUACCAGCAUUUAAAGAAUCACAACUUUGUCAGCCACAAGACAAGGGGCGACGAACAAGCAUGUUUCAACCGUUUUGGAAAGGAAAGAAGUAUUUCGGAGGGAGACCUGAGACGAGAAACUGAGCAGUCAUGCGUUUUCCCUGUUCAUUCUCAAAGUCUUCUUCCAUGUCAGCAGAACAACCUUAGAGAGACACGACGAAUAAUAAACGAAUCACUUCCAUGGCUUGAUCUUGAGAGAACCUUGAAUGCACCCGCAACACUUUCCCCUGGGGGAUACCACCAGCCCGCCGGAUGUGCUUUCCCACAGCGACUUGCCAUAAUAAUUCCAUAUAGAGACAGAGAGGUGAACCUGAAGAUCCUCCUCAACAACCUCCACAGAGUGCUUCAGAAGCAACAAGCGGAGUAUGCCAUUUUUGUGGUGGAGCAGGAAAAUGGUACUCCUUUUAACAGAGGAAUGAUUAAAAACAUUGGUUACCUUGAAGCCAAGGCUCUGUGUCAUUUUGACUGUUUCACCUUCCAUGAUGUCGACUUGGUGCCUGAGAGUGAGCGGAAUACCUACUUCUGUGGGGAGAAGGCUUUGCAUCACUCUCAAAAACUUGCCUUUAAGAAUUACAGAUUACUCGCAUGGAGUGCUUUAAGCAUUACUCACAUAUAUAAUUCCAGGACAUUGUACGGAAAUCACUUUGGUGGUGUGGUCACUUUCAACAAGACAUAUUUCUCGACCAUCAACGGCUACUCUAACUUGUUCUUCAUGUGGGGAGGUGAAGAUGAUGACUUGUUUAACAGAUUGUCGAAGAAGAAAAUGCCGUAUGAACACAGCAAAUAUCCUCGUUACACUACUUUGACGCAUAAGAAAGAUCCCCAUCACACAAGCCAAGAAAUGGCUCUCUAUAGAACAAGCCGUGAACGAUUUGACAAGGACGGUCUCAACAGUAUGGAACGGCUAUAUCGGUUAAUAUCUGUGGAAAAACGUCCUCUAUACACCCGAAUAUAUGUUUCUGUCAAUCAAACGGAAGUACUUACUCGGGUGAAGCAUUUUGGCAUCGAAUUAUGAAUGCUUCAAAAUUUGUAUAUUUUACUGAACAAUAAUGCUGUGUACUGGACGCAGUUAGGGUUACUGUUUUCGUCUCGCUUGUUCGUGUUUAUUGUGUUCGGGUUAGGGUUUAUUGCGCCUAACUCUAUUCUUAGUUCAUGUCACCUCAUUCCGAUCAGCUAACCUGUUAAGAUCACUUUGGUUUGGCAGUUGGUUAACAAUGUCCUUUAACGAAUUAAUCCAAAGUAAUUUGAUGAAAUUCAGAACAAAUUGGAUCUCGUUUCGUGUUUCGCACAGAAAGUGUCUACGGUUUAUGUGCAUAGAGGUAAGCAUUCAGGUGCUGAUGACAUGAGUAAAAUGCCACUAAUUAUUUGCAUUAGAUCAACUCUUUACGGUCGAAAUUCAGUCCUUCACGAGUCUCUAAAUGAAACCCGAUAAAGUGCGCCAAAUAAAGUUUAAUACUCCCAUAUAAGAUACGGAACAAUGUGUACAACCUUACUUCGGAGAUAGUUGUAAUACCAUAUAAACCAUCGCGUGGUUCUUGCACCAACACCAAAAAAUAAUCGGAUAUCUAAUCAAUAUUUUACACGCGCUUCCGUAGUCCAGCAGGGUCCAGGUGCUCACUGGUAAGAGGAAUUCUGAAACUUGUGAAUAAAGAGAACUUCGUUAUGACGUCGCUUCGUUAUGACGAAACGAUGAAUCGAUACGAUUUAGUAUGCUAUAUAGAUUGUUUGUUUGUUUUCACAUUCUUUUUAUUCAUUUCA